AUGCGACGGACGCUGGACGAGAUGAUCUAUCAUUGCAAGGCCGUGGCACGGGGCGCAAAGUCACACUUGUUGCCGGGCGAUAUGCCCAUGGGCUCAUAUGAGAUCUCGGAUGAACAAGCUCUGCUGUUGGGCUACGAAAACUCGCUUUUUGCCGCAAUAUGGCACAUGAAAUAUGCCACCGUGGGCGAGACGUCGAUCGAGGCCCUGAAGCAGUACAAACGGGACGUGUCGGCGCGCUCGUUUCCGGAAGCAAAGCAUGGAUACGACAUGCCUCCCGAGGAGGUUGCGAAGAUGAAGGCUCUCCAAAUCUAA